UCAAUUUCAAAUAUACGAACUCCGUACAAACAGUCUGCGUAUACGGUGCGGCAACUGGGGGUAAUACUCGGAACCCUCUUCAAGGUGGUGGUAUCGACAACAGCCAUAUCCUUUUAAAUUGAAAUUAUAAUAACAGCCAAAGGAAAAAAAAAUUACAGUGAGCUGAAAAUCUGCAACGUUUCGGAUCAUUACUGUUGAUUUGUUGCUUUUAAACAUGAGUGAAUGUUGUUUUCAAGCGAUGGCAGCUAUUUGGGCACUUACCGUGUUGGUGAUGCUCCAGCGAGCCGAAGCUCUGGCGUCGGUUGGACAGUCGGGCACCGCUGGUGCGGGUGACUGUAUUAAUUCUCUGGAAAGUGGUGAUAUUCUGUGGCAGGAAAACUUGACAGACUCCUAUGUUGACGUUGUGUGGGGCUAUGGGGCACAGGAUACGUGUCACACUUUAAAGGAGUGUUUUGGGAUUAAUGAUACUGAAGACCAGAUGAUUGAUAUCCAGCUAAAACCCAUCCAGAUUCAACAAGGGGUUAAAAUCAGGUAAGCUUAUAAGAUGUAGUAAACAGCUCAAUUUUAAUGUCAGUCAGAUGGUGUCCAUUUGCUGGAUAGUUGCGGAGUGCAGGGAGAGAUACCAACCAGUACGAUUUUAUCAUUUUUUGUAUGCUUAUUCAGUGACAAUAGAGCAAUACAAUAUUUUCUAAAUGUUAAGUAGUUUUUGCCUUGAAACAUGCAGUCUGUAGGAACAAUU